GGCUCAUAGAAAUUUUCAUCAUAAUAAUUAAAUAUAAUUUAUGCAACAGCUUAUUAUCAGAAGGAUCAUUUGAAUAAAUAAUCCCCUCCAUCCAUAAAUAUGCAUGAGUUGGUAAACAGAAGUAUAACCAGGACAGUAACACUUGGAAAUUUCUCUGAUUUACUUUCAGAGAUAACUGAAUGAAGUGAUCAUUCAACCUGUGAUGUAUUACAAAGAUAAAUGAAUAUGCCAACGUUUACAAUGAAGUCAAUUCUAUUAGUCACUAUUCUCCUGCCUAUUUUCGCUGAUUUCACUGAUAAACCUGCUAGUAAUCCAGUUCAAUUGGAGACACAUUCCAUUAUACGACCUGACAUUGAAAUCUCUGUGAUUAUUAUGGCAUGUGUAGUCUGUUGUAUUGUAACCAUUGGUAUUAUUGGCAAUGUGUUAGUCAUUUGUGUUUUAACUUGCAAUCGAACACGUAUGGUAUAUGAGACAUUUUGUGUUGGUUUGGCUGUAACAGACUUAAUCUAUCUUACAAUGACCAGUCCAAUAACUGUUAUGCAAUAUUUUUUGAAUAGUUGGAUAUUUGGUAUAUUCUGGUGUAAAGUAUUCAAUUUUAUCGUACAAGUUACAGUGUUUUCAUCAGCAUUUAUGCUGCUUGGUUUAACGACAAGUCGAUUUUUAGCUGUUGUACUACCCUGGCAAAACUUGAAGACAACAGAAUUUCAAGCUAAACUAGUCUGUAUAGGGGCCUGGCUUGUUGGAAUUAUAUUCGCUUUACCGAUAAUUAUAUUUCAAGUUUUAAUACCAGCACCAUUUGAUGACAUAUUACCGAGUAACAUCACUAUCCUCAAUACUGUUACUGAUUUCUUUGAUAAUACUUCUCACUUUUCUACGGAAACACCAAAAUUUCCAUCUGGAACAAUAAUACAAUUACGAAGCUUGAUUAACAAUAUGAUUAACAGUAAUGAAGUUCAUAAUCAAGAAGUAUUUUGUCGUGAACAGUUUCCAUCUCAGUCAAGUCGAAUGAGUUAUCAACUUUUUGUGCUUCUAUCCACUUAUGUUCUCCCAUUUGCUUGUAUUCUAAUUUUAAACUCUUGUAUUGUUCUAAGAUUAAGACAAAAGAAUAUUGCAGAAAAGGAGGUAAAUCAAUUUAGACGCUUUUCUACGCGUGAGAGUUCAAUCUACAUAAGAAGUAAUAAUGCUCACAAUGAUUCCAUUAAUUGUAGCAACACAGAUAAUCCUAACAAUAAAGAAACAAUAACUUCAAAUUAUAAGUUGAAAUGGUUAAGAAGCCGUCGAAAACGACUUGAAAGUAUACAUCAGGAAAACUUGGAAUUAAAUAGAUUUGAUAUAACUAGAGAUUCUUCACACCAUCAGCACCAUCAGCAGAACAAUGGACAAAAGGAACAACAACAUUUAGAACAACGAAUAUCUUCUAAUACUAUUACAUCGAAUCCAACCAGCCCUGGAUCUGGCAAUGAUACAACUACUACAAGUAAUUGUUUACAAAGAUAUAAUUCGCAAGGAAAUAUUUUACAUAAUCCCAAUGAGUUAGUACGUGUUACUAGAGAAUUGAAGAAAAAACGUUUACGAUCUAAAGCCACUAAACUAGUUGUAUUAGUUACCACAUUAUGGGGUGUAUGUUGGUUGCCAACUCACAUAAUUAAUUCAUGGUUUUUUUUUGAUGAAGCCAGUUUCCCAUUUGUACCAGCUAUGAAAAUAGCUAAACUGUUAUCACAAACUUUAUCAUUUGCUGCAUCAUGUGUAAAUCCUGUUGUUUAUAGUAUAUUAACUGGUUCAUUUAAAACAGCCUUAUCAAAGCGAUUAUUACGCUUUAAAAAGCGUAGUCGACAUGAACGUAACAGAACGGAACUGCUCUAUGUCACAGAAUAAUACAAUCAUUACUACUAAUAAACAUUAUUAAUAAUAAUGGUAUUUAACAAUUUUUUUACUACAAACUAUUAGCUAAAAGAUACAAGUAUACUUGUUUUCAUCAUAAAAAUAAAGUUGGGGAAAAGAUUCUACAAACCAAAUAAUUUUUAAAGAAAAGAGAGAUUUAAAUAUAGCUGAACAAUACAUUUGAAUUCAAUCAUCUAAUUAAAACAAAUUACUUUCACAAGCAUUUGGUAAAAUAAAUCCAAUCAUUCUUAUCUCUUUUUUCUCCUUGUAUGUGCUUACUUGAAGUCUUGAAAAAUUCUUUUAUUUCUUAAUAUAGAUUGAAAAUCAAACUACUUUAUGAUAAUUUAGAAAAUCACGAAAAGAAAAAUACUCUUCAAAUUAUCUGUUUUAUCAUUCAUACACCUGUACUAUGUUCUUAACAAUGAUUGAUAUUAUAAAGUGAUCAUGUCAAUGUUUCUCCUAAACUGUACUUCUGCCUUCUAACACUUUGUACCAUUUUCUGUUGAAUAUUAUAUGUAGUGACACUGAUGUGAUUAUAAAAUGUAAGUAUGCUUAAAAAUCAUUUUCAGCAUGAAAGAGUAUCAUUCAUCUGGAAUAAAUAGUGUUCAGUCAUUGUUUUUUCUUCUUCUUCUUCUUCUCAUGGCGCAGAGAAAUUCUUCUGACAAACUGAAAAAUAUAUGGUAAAUUUAUUAUAAUUAUUUUAUUGUUUGUCCCUUGGGUUCCUAGUGGAACAUAGGGCUUCGGUAGCACGUCUCCAUUCCACUCUGUUCUCUUCAAUCUUUUGAACCUGGCUCCAUGACUGCCCACAAGCUUUCAAUUCUUCCUCACACAAUCUCUUCCAUGUCACCCUCGGGCCUGACGCCCGACUCGCCGUUUCCUAUCUGAGUUUAAUACCGAG